UACACAUCUCUAAUGCAAAAAGAUGGCAAAAUAUGACAGAAGGAAGAUAAAAUUAUAGGAACUAAAUGUGAACAUUAUGCGAUUAAUUGCCAAUCAACUGUAUUUAAAUGUAUUUUUUUUAUUUGAUGACGUAUAAAGCACUUGUCAAGAAAUGUAAACAAUAACACAAAUGCUGACGUACUACACACGGAAGUGCAAAAAACUGUGAUGAUACUAAUAUAGAAAAUAUUGUGUGAUGAUCUGACUAUUUUUUGGAUAAACCGCAUCAGCGACCAUGGGUUCAUUUUCGAGCACACUUAUACGACGCGGAGAAGGCGUCGAAGUAUCAGAUGUGACGUCAAGUAAUGCGUACAGAUACCCACCUAAAUCAGAUCACCAAGCUGUCCUGAAAUUCAACAUUGAUUUCAAACUCUUUACUGGGAAUUACUUUGGCUCACAUUUUAUCAUGGGAGGAGAACGCUUUGACAUGUCACAACCUGAGUCCUACUUGUUUGGGGAAAAUACAGAUCUGAACUUUCUUGGAAGCAAGCCUGUUGCUUUUCCAUAUCCACUGGGUAAUGGUAAUGAACCAACCAAGACAUUAAAAAGCCUGGUUAAUAUAAGGAAGGAUACACUGCGUUUGGUGAGGAUUCCUGAGGCAGAGAAGCUUCAUACAGAAGGCCAGAAUGAUGAGGCGUUGAACAACAAGUACAACCUUGAGUUUGUGUUUGACGCUGAUGUCAAGUGCUCCAUCAAGAUCAUGAUGUUCUGCAGCGAGGAAGUGUCAAGCACCCAGAUCAGCUAUGCCACAAGAGUCCCCAAUCUGAAUUCGGACACUUUCCACUACAAGCGUGGGGCAGGACAGCUGUUCCAGCAGUCUGGUUUUGUCGUGGACCCUUCUCUAUACUCCGAAGAUGAGCUCCAGUUCAAUGCUGACAAAGAAGAAAUCCCAGUUGUGAUCCAGUGCAUAGCAGAGGAUGAAGAGAGCUCGAUGCACGCCCACAUGACGUAUGCAGUGAUAGAGAAGAGUUCACUGGAGGGGGGCUACGUGGUGAAACCCCUCAAACAGAAGCAGUUUAUUCAUGGCCUCUGCUAUCUCCUGCAGGAAAUCUAUGGCAUUGAGAACAAGAACAAUGAUAAAGUCAAGGAUGAUGAUGGUGAUGAAGAUGAUAUGGAUGACAGCGGUGCAGAGUGUGUCAUCUGCAUGUCGGACAUGCGCGACACCCUGAUCCUGCCAUGCCGCCACCUGUGCCUGUGUUCCACAUGCGCAGAGAGCCUGCGCUACCAGGCUAGCAACUGUCCAAUAUGCCGGUCACCGUUCCGCGCACUGCUGCAGAUACGAGCAAUGAGGAAAAAACAGGCUCCAAUUCCUAUACAAGGUGGUGAUGCUGAUGAGACCAUGAUGAGCCAGGAGGGGGUUCCACCUGGCUACGAGGCCGUGUCCCUUAUUGAGGCUUUAAAUGGCCCCUGUGGACUGCCCCCGCCCAACACCAUGGAAGGAAUCCAUGUACCCCCACCGACACGCUUGGCUCACACUGAAACUGAGUCGCGCCGCAAACAUCGGUCCAAUAAAAAGAGCAGCGUUCCCGUGGAGACAGUGAAAGAGCUGCGAAUGUCGGAGGAGGAGAAGAAGGGUAGUGAGGACAAGGAGGGUGAACGGACGGACACUGACGUGAAGACAGAGUCCCUUGGCCCGGUCUCGCAUCCUACAAAAUCCCCCCCUGAGAAGCAGAAGAACAGGUCUCGAAAGAACAUUGUGACCUCUGGACUUGCGAUGCCUCCGUCUGCUAUAAAUCCCUUAUCAGACUCACUCCAUCUGGUCAACGAGGUCCAGACGGUGGUAGGGGAGGUGACUCCAGGAGAUACGCUGCCUGGUUACCCAGCCCUUGCGGUCUCUGUGGAGAAUCUGGCAGACGAUGAGAGAGAGGACACGUCAGACGGGGAGCCAGAACCAGACUAUGAUGUAGAGGACUGCAGCUGUGGCAUCUCCGAUGACAGACUGGACAGCGUUGCCAGCGCCUGUGACAUCACUGAGAACAUAUCUGAGUCGGCCUUCAUACCGCCGCCGGACUACAACUCAGUGAUGAACGACACGGCCGACACCGAGGCCGACACUGACGAGGGGUCGACCAGCCUGCCCAAGCUGCACCUCUCCACCUCCCCACCCAGUAGCUCGGAGUCGGUCAGCAGCAACAUGAGCUCCGACCAACUAAUGGGUCCAAUGAAGAACAAAUAGGUGUACAUGUAGUAAAGCAGGACUUUGACUUUGCGUGCGACCAGAACAUUCUGAUUAUGAUGAUGUUACUUUUCACUUUAUAUCAUGUUCAGCUGCUUUCCAACAGUCUAGUCUCUAGUGUUUCUUUUGUACAGAUUGAAGGUCAAUCUAUUAUAGGAUGAUGCAAGAUUUAUUUGGCUAUCAAUAUCAUGUUUUGACAGAGUUUUUGCAAGCCUUGGGUUUCAAUGAGAGUGUGCAAUAAGAAGGCAAUAUGAUGGCCUUUACAUUAUGCAUUUGAUUCAGCUGUAUGUAUUAAACGUGAAUAACUGUUUAAUAAACAUGUGUACUCAAUUUUAAUUUCUUGAGGCAUGAACUCGAAAUUAAUGUGCAGUCUGUUUUUUACUUUCUUGAAGCAUGAACUCUAAAUGUGCAGUCGUUUGUUUUUUUGCAUUAUCAUGUACCUCACACAGCUUGUAAUACAAUAAUUGUGGCUUAUUUAAAAUAUCAGACAUUUUGUGCAUUAUAUUGUUUAAUUUGGCCUUCACUCUAGUUUUGUAUGCCCCAAUCUUUGAAGAAGAGGGGGUAUAUUGAUUUUGGCCUGUCUGUCGUUCUGUCCCAAAACUUUAACCUUGAUUAAAGUUUGAAAACUUUUGCAGUAUAUGAAGAUAGCAACUUCAUAUUUGGCAUGCAUGUGUAUCUCAUGGAGCUGCAUAUUUUGAGUGGUGACAAGUCUAGGUCAAGGUCUUCAAGCAAGGUCAAAGGUCAAAUAUCAUUGUAUUUAUCUUUCCUAAAACUUUACCCUUGUUAAAGUUUGGUCAUAACUUUUUGAAUAUUGAAGAUAGCAAAUUGAUAUUUGGCAUUCAUGUGUAUCUCAUGAAGCUGCACAUUUUGAUUGGUGAAAGGUCAAGGUCAUCCUUCAAGGUCAAAAGUAAAAAAUACAAUCCAAGGGAAGUAAUAAGCUUUAAAAGGGAGAUAAUUUCUAAACCUGCCAAAUGAUAUAUUGAAAUUUUAUUUCAAAGCGGCACAAUAGGGGGCACUGUGUUUCUGACAAACACAUCUCUUGUUAAUUGCGAUAAUUUUUCUUAUCAUAUUAACAUAUCUGCAAAUCAAUAAUUAGCACAUACAGGGUGCAAUAUCAACGGGGGUCCACAGGGGUUUACACACAGCUAGACAGAAUGUAAACACAUCAUUAAGAACUUUAAUUUUUUUGAAUAUCUCAAGUUAUUGAAAUACAUUUGCACAAAUCUUUAGUGCAUACAAUACUGUUUGUCUUGCAGUAUGUGUCGGUAUCUUAAGGUAGAAGUUUGAAUCCUUGAAUACAUCUGAAAUCGGUAACAAAAUUUCACGUUGUGUAAAGCAUUACCAUGUAGUUUUAAUAUAAUUUUUGAACAAAAACACAGGCUUAUUAAAUAAAUUUAUUCCGAUAUAUUUCACAUUGACAUAAGCAGCACAAAAAUCUGUCUUUUAUGCACUAGUUGAAAUUCUGAAGAAAAAUUGUUUUAAAAAGGUAUUUGAACAAAAGCACCACUUACCGAUGUGUUUACAUCCAUUAUCAUUUAAUUGGGAUCCUGCACCCUGUAUAAAGCUUUUGUUAAUGAUUCAUGUCUAAAAUGCUAAUUGCUAAUACUCUGCAUUGGGGACCACACAGGUAAGUGCUUGCAGUUUGUUCUUCUUUUUGUAAUAUACAAAUAUUUUAAAAUGAAUCUCUGUUUCCUGUAAUUUACAUAAUGUCUUCAGUGUUUUAUUUUCAUUUUAUAAGUCACUUAAGCAGAAUUUGUAUUGUUUCUCUUUGAGUGAUGGCUUAAACGGAAUUGUAUGCCCCCGACAUAUUCUAUUGGCUCUUCAUUUGGGGGUUUUGAGACUGGAUCAUUUUGAACACUAUCAACACAAUCAACUCACCUGACCUCGUUUCGACCUUCACAUUGACCUACCUUAGGACUUGAACUAAUUAAAAAUGUAAGAUUCUUGCUUAAUCCAAAAUAAUGUUGUUCAUCUAACAUCAAUUACGCUCGCUACAAUUGCUUUGAUACUUGCAAGUCUUGCAUGAUGUUUUUGAACUGUAUCAACAUAACCAAAUUUACUGACCUCAUUUUGACCUGGACAUUGACCUAUAUUUAGACUAACACUAAUUCAAAUUUAAUCUGAAAUAAGUCUUUUGUCUAAAAUCAAUACUUCUUGCAACAAAAAUUUGAUACUUGCAAGAUUGUAAUCUACAAACAUUUUCAACUCAACCUUCUCAGCUGACAUCAUUCUGGACUUGGAACUUGGACCUUACUUUGUACUUUGACUUCAGAAUCAAACUUCUUGUUGAAUCAAAAUUAAGCAUUUAAUGACCAUCAAAACUUCAAACUUAAAAGUUUUGAUCGCUUUGAUUCAGCGCCCAGCCCGCACAGAUAACCUUACCUCUUUCUUGAUCUUGAAUCAAUAUUGACUAUGACCCCAUCAGGGGCAUAUGGGUUUAUUUAACUUUGCAUGUUGUUGCCAUAUGGUAAGCUGCAUUUUCAUAAGAUUCUUUUCCCAUUCUUAUAUCUUGAAGUUUUAAUCAGAUUACUAGUAUAUGAUUUAUAAGACAAUAUCCUCAUUGGGAUAAAUAUUUUCAUUGCAUAUAACUGGCAUUUUGUAUCUAUUUGACACAAUUUUGUUAAAGAAUAGAAACAGAUGAAAACAAUGACUGAAGGUAAUUUUGUGAAGUAUAAUUUUAUGUGCUGGAAACAUAAAAUAUAUUAACUUGUCAAAAUUUGUAUUUGUUAUUCAUUAUCAUUAGUUUGUGUAGUGAUGCUUAUUUGCAUCAAUAUGCUGGCUAAAAAACUUUUAAUUGGGUCAAAUUUGUUUAAGCAUCAUGUGUUUUGGGCCUUUGCUGAUAAUAUUUUUGUCUACUUGUGUGUGCCCAACAUCAGAAAGUACUGUUGAAUCCUUUUUUAUGCAUGCCUGACAUUUCAAUGUAAAGUUGAAUACUUUCUACUUUUCUGACUUGAAUGUUUUGUCGAAUCGUUACUUAGGCAUGCCCGACAUUUGAAUUUUGUGGUACAAUAUUUGCUUUCCAUGUUUGGUGUUAUAUGGAAUUGAUUAUCAUUUAUUUCAUGCUAAUUUCAUUUGUAUAUAUAUAUAUAUAUAUAUAUAUAUAUAUAUAUAUAAAAUCUGAAAUAUUACAUUAUUAUUUGCUUCAAUGAAUCAGUGAUGGCUUGUUUAUUUAUUGCAAUUAAUAAGCAAAAAGCUUAAACACCAACAAUAUAAGAUUAUAUUAUUCCGUUGUUAAAUGACUAUUGAUGUAUUUUUUCUGUUGCUCGUUUUGCCAUAAUUGAGUGCAAACACGUUUUAUCUAAAUUGUUUUUUCUUGCAGAAGUGUUUUUAAUAACUUUUUUUCACAUGAGCAUAUGCUAUAAAUGUGUUUAAUGUUGAUUUAGGGCUAUUGGAGCUAUGGUAACAGUUGAUUCAACGUAUUAUGUUUUUAAUUUUAAUUAUUUAGGGCUUCUAUUACAAUAUGAUUAUGUAUGUGAUAACAUGUGCUAUAUAAAUUUGUUUUGUUUAAAAAGCUUUACUCAGAUAAAUACGAAAUUUUGCCAAAGAAAUACGGAAUAUUUUAUUGAAACACUGUUCUGUCUACAUAUUUACUGUCCGUUAAAAAUAUAUACUGCAUUUAAA